AAACCGGAUCUUCUCUAUGGUGAGGCCGGAAUCGGAACAGUACUAAGCGAAACGUGACAGGACGGCAGCCUGAGUGUGUUUCUGAACUCGCAGUUUUUAGGAAAAGACGGCAUUCAAUCGCCUAAUAUAUAUUAUAGCUACAGGAACCAAGCUAAGAACCUGUGUAUGCAAGCCAUGGCUUCUUAUACAUGCAUCUCCUGUCGGGUUGCAUUUGCAGACCCUGAUAUUCAGAGGGCACAUUACAAGACUGACUGGCACAGAUAUAACCUUAAAAGAAAAGUUGCUGACAUGCUUCCAGUUACUGCUGAGAAUUUCCAGGAGAGAGUGCUGGCACAGAGAGCCGUGGUAGAGGAACAGAGUAAAGAGACAGCCACUUACUGCUCAACUUGCAGCAAGAGAUUUGCUUCAUUCAAUACUUAUGAAAAUCACCUGAAGUCCAAGAAGCACUUGGACUUGGAGAAGAAGGCCACUGAAUCAAUCACAAAGAAAGUGGAGCUAAUGAAUGAAAAGAAUCUAGAAAAGGGUCUUCACCCUGAUAGUGUAGAUAAAGAUGUAAUGAACACCGCUAUUCAGCAAGCUAUUAAAGCACAGCCCUCUGUGUCUCCAAGAAAACAGCCAAAUGAAACUACUGCUACUGCAUCUGGAAAACAAGAUAAUGAGGGCGCUAGUGCUCGACCAGAGAAACCACCCAGGCAACAGUGGUAUGAAGAACAAGCCAAGAGACUGGCAUUAGAAGAGACUGAACAUGAUUUAGUGGAGGAGGAGGAAGAAAACUGGGACGACAUGGAUUCAGCAGAGGAAGGUGAAGUGGAUAGUGAUAAUGCAAUGGAGCACAUGAAUGGAGCCGAGGGAGAGGACAUCACUGCAGAUGAAAGUGCAUCAGGAGCAAUUCCUGUCACAGAUUGUUUGUUCUGCACACACCAUUCCUGCUCCCUGAUAAAAAAUAUAGCACACAUGACCAGGGUUCACAGCUUCUUUAUUCCUGAUAUAGAAUAUCUCCAGGAUCUUUAUGGUCUUUUUAGGUACUUAGGAGAUAAGGUUGGUGUGGGGAAGAUUUGCCUCUGGUGUAACGAGAAGGGGAAGUCUUUUUACAGCAUAGAAUCUGUUAAAGCUCACAUGAAUGACAAAAGUCACUGUAAGCUCUUCACUGAUGGAGAUGCCGCCCUUGAAUUUGCUGAUUUCUAUGAUUUUAGGUCCAGCUAUCCUGACCACAAAGAAGGGGAAGAUAUAGAGAUGACUGAAAAAGAAGGAUCUGAUAAAACGCUAGAAUAUAAUGAUGACACUAUGGAGAUGAUUCUGCCCUCAGGUUCUCGAAUAGGGCAUCGCUCAUUGAUGAGAUAUUACAAGCAGAAAUUUGGAGUAUCCAGGCAAGUGGUGGUAUCCAAAAACCAAAAAGCUGUGGGACGUUUAUUGCAACAAUACAAGGCUCUAGGAUGGACAGGAGGGACGGGUUCAGUCAUUCAGCGUGGGCGUGACAUGCAGUAUGUGCAGAGGAUGAAGUCCAAAUGGAUGCUGAAAACUGGAAUGAGUAAUAAUGCUACAAAGCAGAUGCAUUACAGGCCACAAGUUAGAUUUUGAUUAUGUGAUGAUUUCAAGCCCAAAGGGGCUCUUUUUUUUUAAGCCAUUUACAUGGUUCCAAUGUCAAUGUAAUAACAUUUUUUUAAGACCAUCAGAGGCAAUGCCAUAGUAAAUUAUUCUAAAUUCUCUGUGCUGGAUUCCAUCCAUAUGUAUACUGAAUAAGGCAAAUAAAUAUAUGUUUCAUUAUAUAAAUAUAAUGCCUAUUUUCCUAAUAGGGAAAUAGGAUAUUACCACUGAGAAUACCAGUUGAGAAUAAGAUACUAUGACCUUUUUCUCUGAUGGACUUUAAAAACUUGUUAAUACUUUGACAUUGGAACCGUUGUGCACAUGGCUUGAAAAAGAGCCCCUUUUGAGCUUGAAAUGUUCCUUUAAUGCCUGUUGUCUUCCUGCAUCUGGGGCAAUAAUAAGUGAGCCCUUGCAUAAAAUGCUCCUUUAUGUAUAUUACUGUCUUCAAAUUUACUGGUUUAAAAUUAAAAUUGUAGUGAAGUUA